ACCGGACACGCCGACUUUGGCUAGGCAGCCAUCGUGCUGAUUUCUCUCUACCAUACCCUUAAACUUCUGAGCCCUUGUCAAGUCCCAUGAACUAAUUCUGACCAAUCACAUCUACGGAGGUCCUGAGAUGAACGAGGCUGUGAUUUACACUUUGCUGGCGAACCAAAUUGUGGCUGAUCAAGCUUUGUAGCCAGCAAAACACCUGCACGAUGAUGAAAUGGUAGCGAGCUUUCAGGUGUCCAAGCCACACAGCCCUGAGUGCAGAUGAAGCCCCCGCAAUGUAUUCCUGACACGGUAGUUGCGAGUGAUGACAAGGGGCUGAUACUUCAGCGGGCUGCCUCAAGUGAGUCGUUUCUGGAGAUGAUAAAGCUGCUGGCCGUCGAAUUUAAAUACCACCUCUGAUCACAAUCGAUUAUAGCCCAGACUUCGAGCCAGACCUUCCUUUGCAGCACAUUCUCCACGAAUCUAUUUCGUUGUCAAGCACGAUGAACGCCAUCUUUGUAGCCGAUCUGGUCCUUUACCUGUUGCUCUUGCCUUUGGUCUUUUACAUUGUCUGGACGCGUCGCUCAGGUGGACUUCUGGCAUGGUACUAUCUGAGUGUCUUCUGCAUCGCUCGUAUCGUGGGAGGUGCGAUAGGAGUACACGAUAGCCAGAGCCUCGCCGCGAAUAUCAUCGUGGGUGUGGGCAUUUCGCCGCUCAUCCUAGCAAUCGAUGGCCUCCUCCAUGAAGCACGAGCCUACCGCAACCCCGGAAGACAAUGGGUCGGCUGGGCGGUGGUCAUUCUGGCCACAGGGUUGAUGGCAACAGCUCUUGCGCUUGCCAUUGUGGGUGCCUUGAACAUCUAUGAAGGCCAUCCUAAGCCGGACAGUCUCGACCACUGGAAGACGGGCACCGGAUUGAUGGUGUUGGUAUGGGGGUUGGAGGUGAUCUGGGCGUGUUUCCUGCUCUUGCCAUCGCAGCGACGGAAGGAUGCCUUCUCGUUUCAUGCUGGUACUACGCUCCUACAAGGCUCUUUUCUGGCGCUGUUCUUCGUGGGAAUUCGGGCUAUAUAUCAGUUGAUCGCGGUGUGCACGCAGCGGAAAGACCUCAGCUCCAGCACUGGAAGCUUGGCAGUGCGGGUGCUUUUGGUCUUUUUGCCAGAAGCGUUUACAGUCUUCUCGAUGGUGCUUGUAGGCGUGCAGACGAGAAACGUCAGGAAAGGUUGAACAUGCAACGCUUCCGUGACCAAAGAUAGUAUUAUUUUUUCUCUGAUUCACUUGCUUGUCUGCGGCAUGCGUCUG